AUGGCUGACGCAAAUGCAGAAUGCAAUAUCAAGGUGUUGUGCCGUUUUCGUCCACUGAACAAGUCCGAAAUUAUACGCGGAGAUAAGUUCAUCCCAGUAUUUCAUGAAGAGGACACUGUCAUCCUUGGGGGGAGGUCCUACGUGUUUGACCAGGUGUUCCCCACCAACACCACCCAGGAACAGGUCUACAACACCUGUGCCAAGCAGAUUGUCAAAGAUGUGCUUGGUGGAUACAAUGGGACUAUCUUUGCCUAUGGGCAGACUUCCUCUGGAAAGACACACACGAUGGAGGGGAACCUUCAUGAUCCCCAGGGAAUGGGCAUUAUUCCCCGCAUCGCUGAGGACAUAUUUGAACACAUAUUUGCAAUGGAUGAGAACCUGGAAUUCCAUAUAAAGGUAUCCUACUUUGAGAUAUACAUGGAUAAAAUUCGGGACCUGCUGGAUGUGACAAAAACCAACCUGUCAGUGCACGAAGACAAACACAGAGUUCCUUAUGUGAAGGGCUGUACUGAGCGCUUUGUCACAAGUCCUGGUGAAGUGAUGGAUGUGAUAGAUGAAGGGAAGGCCAACCGUCAUGUUGCCGUCACCAAUAUGAAUGAGCACAGUUCCCGCAGUCACAGCAUCUUCCUGUUAAACAUCAAACAGGAAAAUGUGGAAACAGAGCAGAAGCUGAGUGGGAAGCUGUACCUUGUUGACCUAGCGGGUAGUGAGAAGGUCAGUAAGACAGGUGCAGAGGGAGCCGUGCUGGAUGAAGCCAAGAACAUCAACAAGUCUCUGUCGGCCCUGGGGAAUGUCAUCUCAGCAUUGGCUGAAGGAACGAAAUCCCACGUGCCGUACCGUGACAGCAAAAUGACUCGCAUCUUACAGGACUCACUGGGUGGGAACUGUCGCACCACUAUGUUCAUCUGUUGCUCUCCCUCUAGCUACAAUGAUGCAGAGACCAAAUCCACCCUGAUGUUUGGCCAAAGAGCCAAGACCAUUAGAAAUACUGUAUCAGUAAACCUGGAGCUCACAGCGGAGCAGUGGAAGAAGAAAUAUGAAAAGGAAAAGGAGAAGAACCGGUCAAUGAAGGAGACAAUUCAGAGACUUGAGGCUGAGCUGAACCACUGGAAGAAUGGUGAGGCUGUUGUCAUGUUAGAGCAGCUGAGAGAAGGAUCGGAGGAAGUCCCCCUGGUGCCUCCCGAAUCUGAGGAGCCGGUUCAUGACAUCUGCAGCCCCUGCACCCCCUGCAGCCCCUGCUCUGUUGCCUCCUCUAUUGUUGUGCACAUAUCUGAGGAAGAGCGUCAGAAAUAUGAGGAGGAGAUCCGCAAGCUUUACAAACAGCUUGAUGAUAAGGAUGACGAGAUCAACCACCAGAGCCAGAUGGUGGAGAAGCUGAAGGAGCAGAUGCUGGACCAGGAGGAGCUUCUGGCAUCAUCCAGGGGUGACAGUGAGAGAGUGCAGUCAGAGCUCGGCAGGCUGCAAACAGAGAAUGAAUGUGCUAAAGCAGAGGUGAAGGAGGUGUUGCAGGCACUGGAGGAGCUGGCAGUUAACUACGACCAGAAAAGCCUGGAGGUCGAGGAGAAGAGCAUGCAGAACAAACUGCUGGCUGAGGAGCUUGCAAAGAAAAUGGCUCACCUUAUGGCAUUAGAGGCAGAGCUGUCCCGUAUCCAGGAAGUGAGCAGCCGCCAGAGAAAACGCAUUGCUGAGAUUCUUAACGGGCUGAUGAAGGACCUGAGUGAGUUCAGCACCAUCGUCGGGAACCGGGAUAUCAAGCUGCCCAUGGAGAUCACUGGUGCGAUCGAGGAGGAGUUCACAGUGGCUCGCCUCUACAUCAGCAAGAUCAAGUCAGAGGUGAAGUCCAUGGUGAAGCGCUGCCGUCACCUGGAGAACCUUCAAACGGAGUGUCACCGCAAGAUGGAGGAGACUGGCAGAGAGCUGUCCUCAUGUCAGCUCCUCAUUUCACAGCAUGAGGCAAAGAUCCGUUCUCUAACAGACUACAUGCAGAAUGUGGAGCUGAAGAAGAGACAGCUGGAGGACAGCUACGACUCUCUGAGCGAGGAGCUGGCCAAAUUACAAGCUCAAGAGACCAUGUCACAGGUGGCCAGGGGGGUGAAUCACACGUCUGUCCAGGAAUCCUGUGAUAUAAAGAGGGCUCUGGAGCAGCAGAUGGAGUCACACCGUGAGGCGCACAGCAAACAGCUUGGCCGCCUGCGAGACGAGAUCAAUGAAAAGCAAAAGAUCAUCGACGACUUAACUGACUGUAACCAGAAACAGCAGUUGGAGUUGAGGCAACUGCACAGCAACUUUGAACGUCUCAAGAGUCAAGAACAUCACAAGAGUCGGCAGCUGGAGGAACUGACAUUUCUCCAUGAACGACACGAGCAGUCAAAGCAAGAUCUCAAAGGGCUGGAAGAGACUGUUGCUCGUGAGCUCCACACCCUCCACAACCUCCGCAAGCUAUUUGUUCAAGACCUCACGGCUCGAGUUAGAAAAAGUGUGGAGAUGGAGUCUGAUGAGAGUGGGGGAUAUAUCACCCAGAAACAGAAGAUUUCCUUUCUUGAAAACAACCUGGAGCAGCUUACAAAAGUUCACAAACAGCUGGUGCGUGACAAUGCAGAUCUUCGUUGUGAGCUUCCAAAACUGGAGAAACGUCUUCGGUCUACAGCUGAGCGAGUUAAGGCGCUGGAGGGCGCACUGAAGGAGGCAAAGGAAGGGGCCAUGAAGGACCGGCGCCGCUACCAGCAGGAGGUGGAGCGAAUCAAAGAUGUUAUGAGAGCCCGCAAUCCCUUCCGCAGGCCACAUGCUGCGCAGAUAGCCAAGCCUGUGCGACCUGGCCACUACCCAGUGUGCUCUCCCACCAACCCCUUCUUCAUCCGAGGCUACAGCGAACAUCCCAUUGCCUUCUGCAAUGCUGUUUUCCACAACAGCAACAGCGAAAAAGCAGCUGCUCCUGCUGCUGCUGCUCCUCCUGCUACUCCUCCUGCUCUUCCGACACCAGAGAGCGAGCCCCGGUUACCUGAAGACAACUCCAACCAGAACAGCCCCACGAAACACCCCGACUCCCAAACCAAUGAUACACACGACAACGACAUUCAGAAAAACAUGUGA